GUGUCUGCCAGUAGUAGGGCUUAACAUGGCUAGCUAAAUAGUGUCUGGGCAAUACCAACUAAACGCUUUUGUUUUUCCAGAUCUUCGUCUUUAACCUUGAAUAUUUUGUAGAACUUAAAGGUACUCGGGUUGUCCAAGGAGUUUGGUCACAAAGAGGGUGCGGUUUGUUGGGUCUUUGAGUGGCCCUGGCGUUGUAGCUCAACGUCUUUUUAGCCAGUUGACUAGCUUAGCUUUGCAUUGGAAUUUGUUAGCUUGUCUGACAGCUACAGCAGCUAUAACUAACGAAGUUAGUGACACCAAAGGGAAUUGGGUUUUAUUUCCUCUGGUCAGUGUGCUCGUGUAUAUUUAUUUAUGCUUCUAACCACAGUGGAUCUCAGCUCUACCUGAAUGUUUGGUGUUAGAUAUAGCAACAUCAACAGCUACAGCUAGCAUAUUGUUAGCCUGUCAUUAUAAGCUAUGGAUUUAAAAAGGUGUUUAAAGACAACGAGAACAUUUUAUUUGUUCACCAUUCUGCUGAUCGUCUUCGUCACAGUAAUAACAUCUGAUGAGGAGCAAGACGGAAAUGACGGUCCAGAGCUGAAGUCUUAUCACGACCCCGAAAAUGAAGAGGAGGACGUACAUCUGGUGUCGUCAGUAAUUGUGGCAAGUGCCUCUGUGGCCUCUGGUCAUGAAACCUCACACACAGAAGAGGAGAAAUCUUCACCUGUAGAAGGACUGGAGGGAGAGGAGAAAGAGGACCUCCCUGACCAGCCUCCUCCACCUGAGGAGAAACCUAAAGAGGUUCCAGUGGUGAAUGGAGGUACAGCCCAUGGAGAGCCCUGUGUCUUCCCAUACUUAUUUCAGCGGAAGGAGUACAGGGAUUGUACCACUGAUGGACGGGGUGACGGACGGCUGUGGUGCGCCACAACCUUUGAUUAUGACCAGGAUAAAAAGUGGGGGUUUUGUGAAACGGAUGAGCAGGCACAGCAGAGACUGCAGGCAGAGGAGGCUGAAGAGCAGUAUCAGACUGUCCUGCGCAUGCUCAAUAUCACCACCAGGAGGACACAGAAAAAAGAGUUGUAUGAAAAGCUGCUCAAAGUAGCAGAGAAGGGUCAUCAGAAAGCCAUGGAGAAAGUGGCCUACGCCAUGCUGUUUGGAGAUUACAUGAACCAGAACAUCACCAAGGCCAAAGAAAUAUUUGAGAAGCUCGCCAUCGACGGCUCACCCAAAGCUCAGAUGGCUCUUGGCUUUCUGUAUGCUGCAGGACUUGGAGUUAACUCAAGUCAAGCUAAGGCCUUGGUUUACUAUACCUUCAGUGCUCUCGGUGGGAAUUUGGUAGCUCAUAUGAUUCUGGGCUACAGAUACUGGGGAGGUGUGGGUGUCCCCCAGAGCUGUGAGUCAGCUCUAACACACUAUAGGCUUGUGGCAAAUCAGGUGGCCAGCGACGUGUCUCUGACUGGGGGCUCGGCUGUGCAGAGGGUCAGACUCCUGGAUGAGGUGGAGAAUCCAGGGUCCACCAGCGGGAUGUUGGAGGAGGACUUAAUCCAAUACUACCAGUUCCUUGCUGAGAAAGGAGAUGUACAAGCUCAGGUGGGAUUGGGUCAGCUUCAUCUGCAUGGAGGACGUGGAGUUGAACAAAAUCACCAGAGGGCGUAUGACUACUUCGCUCAGGCUGCAAACGCAGGGAAUACACACGCUAUGGCUUUCCUUGGCAAGAUGUAUUCGGAAGGCAGUGAGUUUCUCCCUCAAAACAACGAGACAGCACUGCAGUACUUCAAGAAGGCUUCAGACCUGGGUAAUCCAGUAGGACAGAGUGGCCUGGGAAUGGCCUAUCUAUAUGGAAGAGGUGUCCCAGUGAACUAUGAGCUGGCACUGAAAUACUUCCAGAAGGCAGCAGAGCAGGGCUGGGUGGACGGACAACUCCAGCUGGGCACCAUGUAUUACAAUGGAAUUGGUGUGAAGCGUGAUUAUAAACAGGCACUGAAGUUCUUCAACUUGGCCUCACAGGCAGGUCACAUCCUGGCCUUCUACAAUCUGGCCCAGAUGCACGCCACUGGCACUGGUGUGAUGCGCUCGUGCCACACUGCUGUUGAGCUUUUCAAGAACGUGUGCGAACGCGGUCGCUGGUCAGAGCGUCUGAUGAUGGCCUAUGGCAGCUAUAAGGAGGGUGAGACUGAUGCAGGACUGGUGCAGUACCUCCUGCUGGCUGAACAGGGCUACGAGGUGGCCCAGAGCAACGUGGCCUUCAUUCUAGACCAGAAAGGGAUAAGGAUCUUCAGUGACAAUGAGACUUACCCUCGUGCUUUGCUCCACUGGACAAGAGCUGCAGCUCAAGGUUACACUGUUGCUAGGAUCAAACUAGGGGACUACCACUUCUAUGGCUAUGGGACAGAUGUGGACUAUGAGACGGCAGUCAUCCACUACAGGCUGGCAUCAGAGCAGCAGCACAGUGCUCAGGCCAUGUUCAACCUGGGUUACAUGCAUGAGAAAGGCCUGGGCAUCAAGCAGGACAUCCAUUUAGCUAAGCGUUUCUACGACAUGGCUGCUGAAGCCAGCCCUGAUGCUCAGGUCCCAGUGUUUCUGGCUCUGUGUAAGCUCGGCCUGAUUUACACACUUCAGUACCUGCAGGAUCUUAAUUUGAAUGAGUUGACUUCUCAGGUGGACCUGGACCAGCUGCUUGGCCCAGAGUGGGACCUCUACCUUAUGACUGUCAUCGCCCUACUCUUGGGCACCGUCAUUGCCUACCGACAGCGCCAGCACCAAAUCAUAGUGCCGCCUCGUCCACAUGCACCUGCACCCGUCCCAGCGCCGCCUGCCAGGCCUGCUCAGGAACAGCCACAGCCACAGGCCCAGGACGAGACCCAGGAUCAGGGAGAAACGCAAGCCCAGGACCUGGCUCAGGGGGAGGUGGAGGAGGAGGAGGAGGAGCAGCAGCAACAGUGAGAGGAGGCUAGGCGGAGCAAGGACAGGAACAGACAGACUCGAGCUGUGUUGGCACCACUGCACGAAGCAGCUGCUGGAUACCCCGGGAGUUUGAGUGCCUCUCUCUCUGUCUGCUCCACUUCACUCACUGGAAAAAAGACAAAGAUGGCUGCAGAAGUGUGCAGCCUCACAACUCGUUUUCUUUAUUUAAAAUCCAGUCCUUUGCUUUAGAGCAGAGGUGUUCAUGGUCAGUGCUGCGGAACAGUGUUGAGAAGAUGGAUAAUCGCAGACUUGUUUGUCUGUGACCCCCGACAGGAUGCUGUCAGAAGCACCAAGGUCCUCAGCGUGGAAAUAGUCUUGCAGUUGAUGGAUCAAGGGAAUUUUCAUCAACAUAGCUGAGUCUGAUGUGUGCAUUAGGUUUUUCCUCACUCUCCCUUUUUAAGAAAAAAAAACACAGUUGAACUGCUUCAAUUAUUUUGUGCAGAAAUUAAAAUAAAAAAAGUGAAUGGAGAUAAUUUUAUUUGCUAGCCCUGGUGUUGUUGCUGAUUUUUAGGCACUUUUUUUUUUUUCAAGAAACAGUUUUGCGUUGCAUUUAUUAGUUAUUCACAGAAACUUUUUUCUUUCAGUGUUAGUAACACAUGCAAUAUGUUUAUUUGGUUUACUUUAACUGAUGGAAGAGCUGGACUAGAUGCUUGUUUGAUCAGCACACAGAUUGACAUUGAGAAGCUGUUGUCAAAUCCUCUAAUGUGGAUCCAGUUUGAAAAUUCACAUAGAACGUUGUUUUUUUCACUCCAGAGAGAAGCAGAGUGCAUAGUCUUUGUGGAAAUUCAUUUUUAAGAGCAAAAGGUAGAAAAGCAAAUGUCCACAGCCCUGUGAAAGAAAGCAUAGGGCAGUGACGACUACUGUAUAUUCCUGUGAUCGCUUCCUCCAUAAAUUUGCUUUGAUUUGUUGGUUUUAGAAAAGAGAACUCAACAGUUUCCUAUGUUCUUGUCAUUUUAGCCUCAUGUUUGCUGAGGCAGAAAGUAGAGCAGCCUCACAAAAUACGAGGGCUUUACACUUGGAGUGUUUCCACUUCUCAGAGAAUUUUUUUUUUCACCCAAUUUCAGCUGUUGUGAGAAUAUCCACCCCCUCAGAAUAGUUCAUGUUGUAGCUCUGUGCUCUGCAUUUCCUUUUUGCUCAAAUAAGUCUUAAUUGGUACCUUUUAGAUGGGAAAUGAAUAAAGCCCUUGUUACAGUGUUUUAUAAAAAAUGUCCCACUUUCCCAGUUUAUUCUAUUAGGUCCAUUGUUUUCAGUUACACCGUAUGUACACGUUGUUGGAAUUAUUGGGAACUGAUGUGCCGCAUGACGUAUAUGAAGACAAAGAAAGAACAGUCAAAUGUUUUUGGGUUUUUUUUUUUUCCAGUAUGAUGACAAAUGAUUCCUGAUUCCAAUGACACUGGCGUCUCUGCAUUCAGGCGUUUGUACCCGCUCUCACAUUCAUGAUGUCGCUAAAAUGAAACACUGGUGAACAGAGUUGCGAUGACUGCAUUUUUAUUAUAGUAAAUACAAGUUUAUAAGGAAAUAAAUGAUAUAUGGAUAUUUA